GCGGGCGGAAGAGGCGGCGGCAGCGGCGGCUGAAGCAGCGGCGGCGGAGGAGGGAGCCAGAGAAGAGGCUCCAGACGCUGGUCAGGAACCGGGGGAUCCCGAAGUGCCCGCGCCCUGAGCGCUCAGCCCCGGAGGUGUCAUGGCCGAGUACGGGACCCUCCUCCAGGACCUGACCAACAACAUCACCCUUGAAGAUUUGGAGCAGCUCAAGUCAGCCUGCAAAGAGGACAUCCCCAGUGAGAAGAGUGAGGAGAUAACUACUGGCAGUGCCUGGUUUCGCUUCCUGGAGAGCCACAAUAAGCUGGACAAAGACAACCUCUCCUAUAUUGAGCACAUCUUUGAGAUCUCCCGCCGUCCUGACCUACUCACUAUGGUGGUUGACUAUAGGACUCGCGUGCUGAAGAUCUCUGAGGAGGAUGAGCUGGACACCAAGCUAACCCGUAUCCCCAGUGCCAAGAAGUACAAAGACAUUAUCCGGCAGCCCUCUGAGGAAGAGAUCAUCAAAUUGGCCCCCCCACCGAAGAAGGCUUGA